AUGAUGGGGAGGCAGCAACACCCACACUGCAUUCUAGUCCUUCUCCUCAUCGUCUUCAUCAUCGGGAUAGCUCUCUCUGGCUCCCCAUCUCCCCGCAGGAGCAGAGGUAGGUGAUGCUUGCAUGUAUGCAUGUGGGGUAACGUUUCUAAAAUUUGGUCCUCAGUGCUCGUAUGUAUCCUCCUACAGUCGAAGAUACGUACAAUGAAAAGUAAAACUUUGUAUGAUUCCUUCAUCUGUGCUAUUUUCCUCUUUGGCCUAUUGCCAAAUGGAUGCUGGGAUUUGCCUGGAAGGAUGAUAUAUCACAGCUGCUGAGACGGGGGUUUGUUUUUAGAGAAUGAAGAUAAAGAGUUUAGUAGCUGUUAAGAAAUAAUUGAUUACUCUGAAUAUUGGAGACAAACUGACAUAGAUUUUGAGGGGAAAGUAGUUAUUGGAAGCCUGUAAUGUGCACAUUUUUUUUUAGAACCAAUGAAAUAUCAAAGUAGUAAAACAAAGGAGGCUAAAAUGUGCUGAUGAAGAAAAGCAGCGUUUUUGCAGCUGGUUGCUUUUCUUCAGACUUCACACAAAAAUUGGUUGCAAUAUUUGGCUUUAAUAACAGGGGACUGAUUGUUUCUAAAAAAUUUGUUUUCUGUCUAGGGAGCAUAAUAACCUGCAAUUGCAAGGUACCAUAUUGUGACUGCAGAUAAAAAAACUCUUCAACCAGUUUUUUUUUUUUUUUUUUUUUUGCAUUUCCCCAAAAUAAGGUGAGCAGACACAACAAAAGUGGUCACUCACUGCUAGUUAGUUGCACUUAAAGUGUUUCCAGGUUGCAGGUCAAGUGUCACACUUGUAGACGGCCUGGUCUUGGUUUUCCUGGUACUGUGCCCACCAAGCACAUACAUGUUUCAUCAGUACUUUUAUUCCCCCAGGAGAAUGAUUGUUUAUUUAUAACAAGCUCUCAAUAAAGGCUUCUAUUAAACCAUCCAAAGAGCAUGUUUGAAAUUGAACACAGCCUGUGCAGCAGAAAUAGAAGCUAUGGUUUAAACCACAUGUCUCUUAAAAGUUGAGAAGUGCUCACAUUACCAAAUCCCCACUUAGAGAUUCAUGUCACUUGUUUGAAGACAACCAGUGUCACAGCUCUUACCCCUCUCAUCCCCUACAUGGACUGUUUUCUUUCCCGAAACACCUUCAAGGAAAGCUGCCUAUGGAAAGUUUUCUGUCCAUGAAUAUCCUAAUCAGACAAAACUUUUUCCAUGUUGCCUCAUUAUCUCACUGCUGGGUCAGUGCGCACUCACUCACUCCUACAUGCACGCCGACCCCAGGCUUUGUUUCCAGACACUAUAUGCUUUGCAGCCAAGCUUUGUUUUGCUUGUGAUAUCUGGUUCCUUUUGAGGACUUGUAGAAGCGAUGUUAGAAACACAGACUGGAGUUGUUAUGAAGAGGUUUACACUGCAGAGAAGGCUGCUUCCUCUGUGUUACUUGCUGCUGAGCUUGGCUUGCAGACAAAAUUCAAUGUGCAGCCUUGGAAGAUAGAUGAAAGGGGUUUGUGUGAAUGUGUUUGCUUUGGAUGGAGAGUUUUAAAGUCUGUAUUCCUGUUCAUCUUGGACUAAGCCUCUGGUUUUGGGAUGAGAAAUGUAAUGCAAUACCAAUGAGGUGAGAUAUUAUGGAUUAGUACAUAGGUCUUAGAGUAUACAGGUGCACUGUAACAUGGCCUGAACUCCCCAAGACUUGAACCCACUGUGCACUACUUUCCACUGACUAAACUGUGAUAAUGACAUUAUUUUACAUGUAUUUCAGCCAUAAGAUUGAAGUGAUCAUUAGUUUUAGUUGUGUAUCAAAGUCAUUUUUGGCCACUAGUGUAUAAUGGUUUCUGAAAAAGUUUUCACUCACUUAAAACUAACUCAACUGGCCUGUUUGAGACGGUAUCAAGGUUAAACUGAGUGUCCUAUCUUAACACUUAUAUUUACAUUAGUUGGAUGAUCCGGCCUAGACUCUCCCAUUAAUGUCAUGCUUCUGCUGUCCAAGCUACCUGAAAUCUACCAGGGCAAGAAGAGUACAUUAAAAACAGAAGUGGUGAUGUACAGGAAAGUCUAUAUUUAUUUUAUUGGACUUCACAAAAAGUGUAAUCAACAAAAAUGACCAAAACAGAGCAAUGGCUAGACAUAUACGCAUGAUUCAGCUCGUCUCUCAGGAUAAAAAUGUACAAUACUGUCAUCUAUUAAAUACUUAACAGACAACAACCAGUAGCUGAUUGUGGUUUUGUCAUUGACCACUGAUCUCAUGGCUCAGUUGAGCUCACAGAUCAAGGAUCGCAUUUCAGUUUUGGGGAUUGACUGACUCCACCUCUAUGCAACUCAUAGUUUAUCAUGCAUCAUUCAUCAAGUCUCGAAAGGCCUUAUUUAAAGACUAGCCUAAUUUAUACAGACAGUCCUAAUCUGGCUUUUACAUUGAGUUAUUGAAAAACUUAAACUUAAGAAAACAGGCGAAUCACUACAGACUUAAAUCCCAUACAGACUCUGAGUCAUCUCCUGUGUGAGUGCACGUUAGUGAUCCAGCUGUGUGCACUGGCUUGAGUCAUGUCAAGUGUUCCUGUGCUCAUAUCACGUGUCUAAGUGAAUUUAAUACUCUUGUAUUCCUGCUCUGCUUGUGUUUUGGGGCUUCUACAGUGUCCCCGCUGUCACAGCAGUGUUUCGAUCAGUAAAUCGCAUCUGGUUUGAGAUGGGUUGAAUGGAUGGUGUUACUGACAUGCAUCAACAAAAUGCAUCAAUGACAAUAAGACUGUUCUAAUUUGUGUUUGGGAUGCAGUUGUUGCAAGUAAGUAAAAUAUUAUCUCUGCACCCUCAAAGAAGUUAGAGGAAUGCAUUGCUUGUGUUUUGAUGAACAAGAUGCACAAUUUGGAAAAAUGUGAGUUUUGCAUGAUUAGCUUAAAUUACCACAUUUUUGGUCUAACCUUUUUAUUCUCUUUCACUAGAACAUACAGUGUCAUAGUUUAAGUGAUCAAAGAUGUCUUUAAAAAAAAAAAAAAGGUUGGCCCUCAUUUAUCACCAUUUUCAUUAACAAAGUUAAAACUACUUAAUAUUAAAGGCACAGUUAGUCUACACAAGGGUUCAGCUCUUAAAGUCCCACUCCGAUAAUUUACUCAAUGGUCUUUAAAUUGUGAUUAGCUUAAACCUGUGUAAUUUUCAAAGGCUUUUCUUCCGCAGAGCUCCAGUAGCUCAUUAGCAAUUCGCCUCUGAGUCGUAGGUGGAGACAGCGCUGCUCUGCACACUCAUCUUCACGCAAGCUUGUAGUCUAACAUUGAAGGAGAUAUUCAGCUCUUAGACACUAAUGUCUUUAUGGGCACGAUGAAAUCUAAUAUCAUAAUUGGCUUUCUUACGAGAAUUGCAAUCAGCUACCACAUAAACUUGUUCCACGGUUGUUCUCUGUAUUUCUCUGAAUCUGUCCGGCAUAGUGGGGCUCUGGGGGCGGGGCUUGGAAGUGUGACAUAUGAAAUCCAACUGUGUCUGAACCUGCUGUUUAGGUCUGCCAGAUAUCACAACAAUUUGAAUGCAGAAGUACAUUUAUUUUUUUCAUGAUAUGUCCUGUAGCAUCAGAAAAAUGCCCCAUGAACAUGUAAAAAACAAGAAAAACACGAUUUUCAUUGCAGCAGGUCUUUCAGAUAUUCAAAGUUUUUUGUCCUUACCAUCAUCACGAUUGUAUACAUCUCCAGAAAACUGCCAAAACCUUGGUCACAUUUCACAUACAGAUAAAAAGGAUAAAAUUAUGGAGGGAGAGCAAAACACAGAGGAUGACCCUGAUAAAUUAAACUUUAGGAUGUUGAAAGAGUAUCAGGUUGAUGCUGACACAUAUAGGACAACAGUGAUUGAGUAAAGGAGUAGAAGGAUGGGAUGGAGCAGAUCCACAGGGGAAGAGAAAACAGCUGUUCCUCUGUUAAACCUGACAGGGGAGAUAUACAGUUUGAAAGUGGAAAGACCAGCAAGGCCAGGAGUAUAAUCCCAGGUUUGGCCAUGCUGGACUAAAAGUCAAGGCUUCUUAUGAACCUGGGAGAUAAGAUUGUUCCAGAAUAUCCUGCUGGAUAUUCAGAGGGCUGAAUUUUAGCAAUAAUCAGCUGGAUUGAAAUAUUCCCAUUAGAGCUAAUAAAGGUCAGUUCAGCUGUCCUUUCCCCCCCAAGCUAAAUUAUUUCAUAUCCUCGUGCUGUGGCUGGCGUGCGUCUUAGAGACAUUUUCACACUUCAUUGCCUUAAAUGAAGGUGACUGUUUCACAAAGGAGCCAUAAAACAUCUGUCUGUGUCUCCACUGUGUGGGAAGCCAAAUCUCCUCUCCACCUCUCCCCUUCCAGAGCAGAAACCCGAGAAGUUGAAGUGCUGUAUGCCAGAGCCGCAUGAAAUCAUACACCAUGCACGCACGGGAGGGAUAUUGUAUGCAUUCAUGUUGGUGUGUGGCAGGAAGGGUGUCAUCUACAGUCAGUUUGAUUGAUGGUAUAGACCUGACAUGGUGUGAUACAUGGGCGCUGUUAGUCAUAUGUCACAGCAAUAGUGAGAGUUUAUACCCUCAUUUAGUCAGGGGGAUUUACAGUCUGCAGAGCUCAGCUGUGAGGUCCAGCUUGUCAAGACAAGACAAACAGACAGGGCGUCAUUACUCUGUGUCAUCUCUAUCCUCCAGAACCGACACGUUUUCUUCAAAAAGAAAAAAAAAUCUCUUUUUUACUGAAUCUUCUGGAAGCAAAACAAACCCUGGUCUCCUGCACCAUGAAGGCUGAGCUUCAGAUGUGUACAGUUGAGAAGUUUAUGCAUUAAAAAAAUUGAGUUUUUAUGAUCUCAGUGUUCUCUUUACUUGAACCCAGCCCUCCUUGUCCUCUGAACCAUGAGCAUUUGAGCACGAGGCUGGAAAUCUGUGGUUUUGAUCAUGUCAGACAGUAAAUCAUGAUGUUUUCAUGCCAGGACUGCUCAUACUGUACAGAUCAACGUUUUAUUAUUUGUUUUCAAACACACAUACACAUAUCAUGCUGCUCAGCAGCUGAAAGUAUAAAAAGAGUUUUGUCAUGCUGACAAAUCCAUUAACCCACUCCUUCGCCCGCUGUAUCAUCUGUUCCUAGUGAUAACCGCAAAGACUCAGCUUGUCAGGCAUGUAGGUUUACAUCUUCCACUUAUGAGGACCAGAAGAUUUGGAAACCUGGUAAUAUGUUUAUUGAAUGAUGUGGCACUGUUUAUUGCAUAAUCUGUUUUGUUUACUGGCUGACUUGAGCGCUGUGAUGGAUUUCCCCGUAUUGUAAGCGUUACUUAAUUCUCUGCAUGAGGCAGAAAGUUUGCAUAUGUCAUGAUGGUUUAACAGGAUUAGUCUUUUCUCUGAAUUCAUUGUAUAUUUUAGUAGAAUAUUACUCACAUUGAGAGUGGGUAUGAUUUUUGUAAAACUAUAAUGUGUGACCAGCGCCACGUAAUAUACUGCAGAUGUGUAUGAAAUUACUGUUAGCUAAUUAAUAGGCUUAAAGCUCUUCUCUUUAAUUUCACAGUUCUCUGUAGUUACUUAGAUCUCUUCAUUGUUAUUGUGACUAUGUCAUGGUUGUGGCAUUCUUUUGUGACUUCUGCAUGUUGUGUUGUGUAUCUUGCAACACUUUGGGCUUAUUCAACAUCUGAUCCAGCCUUCUAUAUGAUUUGUGAACUUGGGCUGCCAUAGCUUUAUACAAUUCUUGUUUGUUCACAGAAGAUUGUGAAGUCUGUAAAAGAAUAAAGCUGCUCGCUCAUCAUUUGAAUAUACCUUAUAUCUUUUUCAACAUGCUCUCGCACACUGAGGGCAACUGAGAUUGAUGAUCGGCUCAUUCCUGUGGAGCAACUUUGGGGUCAGCAUCUCGCCCCAAAGUCACCUCAAAAUAUAGACCAGAGGAUCCAGGACUUAAACUGCCAAAGCAGCCCCUUAAAGUGUAUGAGCUGCAACAACAGGCUCUGUUUCCCCCUGCCAGGCCUGCUCAACGGUCCAUCUGUGAUUUCUUGAGGCAGUAUUGUGGGUUUUGCUCUACUUCAGCUCCAUGUCUUUUGGUGAGGUUGUGAAGCCUCAAUGGUCCCAUUUGUUUGACAGAGUCAAAGUCAAAGGGCUGCUCUUGUGAAAAAUUUAUAUUCAGAAAAUUACCCAUUAUUUUUCUCUCUGUAUACCAAAACAACCACCCACAACAUGACCAUGGUUUAGUGGUUUCCUUUGUACCGCUGAUUAAUUCUGUGACUGGAUCGAUAACUGAAGCUUAUUCAUUUUUCCGUGGAAACACUGAUAAGUCUCUACUGUCCCAGUGAAGGCCAAGUAGCUGGGCUCAUGUCGAGGUGUCAUGGGACUGAGCCAGUACUUGCUUGUACUUGAGUUAAAAGCACACUGCCAGAAGUUUCCCAAUGCUUCAUGCACACUGAGCUCCUUUCACUCUGGGCCAAUCUCACUUGUGUUCUAUCAGAAAUAUUGAUGAGAAAAUCAAAACAAAUGCAGUUUUGAUAGAAAACACAUCGCUGGAAAAGCACAACGGGGUUUUUCCUUAUCCAGGGCUUCCCCCUCUCACUCUCAGCGUCUGUUUUGGCGUCUCACAGCUGUUGGCAUUUGUCCUUAAGCAAAGUUCCAUUAAAUCAUUUAAUGCUGAAAUAUUAAACAAAGACAUGUGCUGCUCAGAGUAUAACGCAGCACAAACCGAAAAAUCCAGGAAAGCAAUUUUGGCCUCCUGCAGAUUGGGUUAUGGUUACCUAAGUCCAUAGACUGUAUAAAUAAAAUGCACUAAACCAUGUGUUCCCUAUAUGUGCACUAUGGUAUUUAUCAUUUUAGCGGUUGCGAACUGUCAGUCCUAAGUCACGCCUCUGGCUGAACAACACUCAGCCUCAUUUUCUGAUGUUUAUUAGCAUUCCUGUUAGAAACUGUCUAAUUGUUAGCAGUGACAUUUUCUGGCUGGUUGCAAAGGCCAGAUGAUCAAGGCGAGUGAUUGAUUGAAAAGUAAGCAAACUCAGUCUUUUGUUUGCACGCGUAGAGUCAUUCUGUUGCCUGUCAGAUCAGAAUCUGACUUGUUUCAGACACAAGUCAAGCGAAAGAGAUUUAAGAUGUAUUUUUUUUCUUUGUGUUUGUUUUAAGGAUGACAAAGUAUAAUAGCUGGUAUUAAAAUAGAAGGUACUGGAAAAUUAUACUGUAAAUAAAUGAGGCUGAGUUUUAGCGUUAGUUUAAGAAUAAGGAUAAUAAUAAUAAGAACUUUAUUGAUCCCUGAAGGGAAAUUCAAUUGUCUGUCGUCUCAUUUGUCAUGUCUCUAAAAGGUAUCUACUAUUUACAGAAGAGUUAUAAAGUCUGAUGGCUGUACGUACAAAAGAUAUUCUGAAUCUUUCUGUCCUGCAGCGAAGAGAGAGGAGCCGUCCACCACCAUUGGCCCUUUGGUCCAUCAAGGUGUUGUGAAGUGGGUGAUCCAUGUUCUUUAGAAUAGACUCCACAUUCCUCAGUGUAGAUCUCUCCACCACUUCCUCCACUGAACCCAGCUUUAGUUUUACUUGUUAGGCAACUGAAACUUUGAUGUACUGGCCUUUUAAACACAGGUUCAGUGCUGAACUCCACCUUUGAAUGCCCGGAGGAUUUCAACUUUGAAGGUUUAGUUUGAAAUCAGAUAUUUAAUUUUCACAGAUAAGAUGUUAUCCUCUUUGUUCAUGCUAGUAAAGGGUUCAUUUUGUUGACUAAGGAGUACAGCCACCUGCCGCUCUGUCACUGGGCCACUGAGCUUGCUAUCAUGCUCUACUCCCUGGUUGUAAACAUGCACAGAUUAAGAAAUGGUGAUAAAGUUGAAUGAAGGAUGUGUCUUGUUGAACUGGAAUAUAAACACUUGAUCUGAACCACGUGUAUCCAGCACAGGCAUGUGGGCUUAAACUUGAAAGGUUGACUGAAGACUGGUGGUGCCAGCACUUGCCUGAAUCCCAAGCCAAUUUGACAUUACUCACCUGCAGACUCCGGGAUCAUGUUUUGCCAUGUUGAAUAAUUUGCGCUCAAUUUGUUAAGUUUUUGGAGUGUUUUCUUUCCUUCAAACGAGGCAGUUAGUCAGAAUUUAAUUUUCCAUUCAAAAGACCAGAAGGUUGGCUGCUACGGAAAAGCACUUGUUCGUGUAUUUUGCAGAAAGGCUCUCACUGUGCAAUCUCUGACCUCCAGACCAAGUCAAGUUUUUAUGGUUGCUUUCCCUGGCGGUAAAAGCAGUCUUGGCUUUGCUUUAUUCUGACCCACCCACUUAUGCCUGUUCUUCUCUAAUGCCUGUCCCACGGCUCUGCUGAUUAGGACUGUUUUCUGUAGAAGUCAGCUCUGGCAGAAAACGUGAGGUUUCUUGUAAAGUGAUGUCAACGUGAUAAAAUAUAAUCAAAAUGUGCCAGCAUGAUUUCAUACCCUUUUUUGUCCACUCAACACAAGCUUGAUGAUGCCUCGCUGAAAGUUUAAUAACUCAUGUUAACAGAUUAUAUUUCAGAGAGACUGUUUACAUUGCAGAAUUUAUUUCUGGACCAUCAACGAUCUCAUAUAAAAGUUUUAAUAUUUGAUAUUUAUAAAGUCUGUGAUUGUCAGGUUGUUAAUGUUUGUAAGCUCUGUAAAAUGAAUCCUCUUAAGAAUGACAAGUUUAAGGACUCCUCCAAGGAUUAGUACAAAUAAUCAGAACUAGUACUUUUGUUAAACUUACACCAGAAACAAGUCUGCUUUGAUGAAACCCAUCCUAUGCACGCACUUGCAAAGUUACAGGAAGCAUACAUUAAAAAGUGUGGACGUUAAGGUUGUAAAAUCACAUUUAUUGAACUCUUUAUUUUGCUUCAAAUAUUAAUAUUAUGAUGGUGUCAAUAUCAGCGACAAACAGAAUAUGCUGUAUGUGGUUUUAAUAAAACAACGAUGUCCUCUCCUUCCUCCCCAGUGAGACGUCAGAACAUGAAAGUCCGCAUCAACGCCACAGGAGACACCAUCGUGAUGAAGUUUUUGCGACCUAACUCCGACACCAAGCUUGAGGGCUACAUCCUGGGCUACGGCAGCAGUAUGUUCUCCAAACAGUUCAUCCAGCUGCCUGAGAACGGACAGCCGUAUGAGACAGAGUUUGGUAAGACUAUUGACAUGUAUCUUUGCAAAGAGAUGAACAUCUGCCAUGACUCCCAUGACGCACAUAUGAAUCGCAAUUCGACCUUUUUAGUCAUGGCGAAGAGGAAAAGAUGUAUAGGCUCUUGGGAUCUAUAAAUUCUAGUUUAUAGCCAUAAGGGUUGAAAGUGAAGCCAAUGUUGAAGUGCCAAAUCCUCCAUCCUGUGGCCACUUUAGGUUUGAGGCAGAUCAACUUAAGUCCCCUUUGCAUGGCAGCUGUUUAAGGGAAGAGUAUUUGUAUUACACAUCUGUUAUGGAUUUAACCUAUGGAGAAUUAAAGGACAGGAUGUUAUGUUAUGAAAUAUUUUUCACUUCAGGGCAGGGAUGUAAAUAUACACAAAAACAAAAGUGGGACAAAAGACAACAUAAGUUUCAUACCGAACUUGCAAAAGUCAUUUUUUUAUUAACCUGCCAAUUUGUGGUGUGAGUUAGUCAGCUGUUUACCAUUGUUCUGCUUCUUCAGACUCUUAGUGUUGGUAUAUGGUGUGAUAUAAAGUGGUACUUGAAGUGUUCCCUAAAGGCUUACCUUUCACUUUGCACUUUGGCUAUGGCCAAAAUUAAAAACCCAGAGCUUUACAUCAGCAGGCCACAAGUUGUUAUUUUUAUACUCAGUCAAUGUCUCCUCUUUAAUUUUAGAUGCAGAACCCAAGUAUCUCAUCGCUGUCCAGCCCAUCCCAGUCAACGAGGUGAAAAAGCAGUGCACAGGUAAUGCAUUAGCAUGAAGCUGGCAUUGUAAACAUGGAAUUUAAACAUAAACACAAAGAAGUAAAAGUAAAAUGCUCUUUGGUCUUCAGGGAAAGUGGAACUGGAGAAGCCACUACACUUGGUCAUUGGUUCAGUGACGCCCACCUCAGUCCUCCUGUCUUGGGGGACUCUGUUGAAAACCCCCUAUGAAAGCAACGUCAUGAAUGACUGUGUCGAGGAUGGGUGAGUUUUCACACUAAUGCACACAUUUCCUACUCUUCAUUCUCCACCGUCUGUGUAUUAGGUUAGUAGCUCAGCAGCCAUCUUUAUUCUACAGAGAAACAGCUGGUACAGACUCACAAGUCUGGUCUUCUGAAAAGUAGUCUCACUAAUGGACUGUGAUUUCAUUUUCAACCUUUUCAUUUCGUGAGUGGCAGUUGUAUUGUAGUUCUGGUGAGUAUAAAACAGAUGGUGGAUGGUUUCGCACACACACACACUAAGUGAAUUUGUGCACAUACUCUGGUAUAACUACCUUAACAGUAAAUGCUUCCCUAAUGUCUCUCAGGUUACCUAGCAGAGAAUCCAGAAAGGCUGUGCAAACAGGUGUUAGGAGAAAUGUCCACCCACAAAACAUAUGCAGCACAAUUCCCCUAUUCCAGAGAACUCUGAGAGCCGUUUCAAAAAUUGGAAAUGAGAAACACUAUCUCUGCUCCUCUUGUUUUUUUUAAAUGUCCAAAUAGUUUCAUGUGCUGAUCAUAGGGAUUGAGUCAUUUCUUGGGAAGACUAUAAGAGCAUCAGGAAGUUGUAUCCUGACUAUGUUUUUAAGCAGUCCCUCACUCAGGACUUGCCUUGGCGAAAAACACACCGUUUAUGGUCAUCAGAGAACGAAGCUGUUUGGAGGCAGACACACCACUGAUUCUGACUGUUGUUGCUAAAUGCAUGGUCAAACUCGUGUAAGGCUGCAUGGUUCAGCUGAAACAUAUGUCUACUGUAGUGGGAAAAAAACCAUCCCCUCCGGCUCUGAGGGCAACAUCAGCAAAAUACUUGCAGCUGAGCAGUCUGCAUGAGGGUCAUUUCAGCAUGUGUUUAAACCCAGGAUGUAUGUAUGGUGCUGUUAUAGUCACUAUGUCUUAAGUGAUACUGUAUGUAACAGGACUACAUACAGUAAUAGCCCUCCACAGUGGCCCUUUGUUGUCAUACAAGAUGCAAGGAAAAAAAAUAUUUUACAAGUCCUGGCUGCUUUGUAGUAGGUGUAGUGUCAAUGCAUCUCCUAGUGGGACCCAUUUCCUCCCUUUUGGUUGCAUACCUCCGUUUGAGAUGUUGAAGUAAACCAGGGACAAGUAACAAGGACUGUUUGAGGACUGACCCAACAAAACUGCACCAGUUCCUAACUACUGAUGAGACUUUGGCGCCGUGCCUGUGUGGAAAAAAAAAUCAUUAACAUAAGCAGACGGUGUUUUAUGUGUUAUAUGGAGGUAAAUAAUUCCCAUCAAUCAACUUCUGUUUUCUCUCCUACGCUCAGACACUACACAGUGCGUUAUCGUGAAAGGAACAGGAAGUGGAACUACCAGACCUGCCCAACGAGUGACACUGUCAUUGACCAUCUGAAGCCCAACACGGUGUAUGAGUUCGGUGUCCAGCCCAAUACCAAAGACCGCAUUGGAUCGUGGAGCAAACCGGUCCUUCAUAACAUAAGCUCAGGGGGCUUACAGGGUGUGUGGAACCAGAACACCUAGAUUCCUUGGAAAUUCAUGUCAAUUAGAAUCAUGAGUCUUGUUGACUUACAAUUUAACGACACUUGUCUUGUUUGAUCCAAAUCCUGGAUCUGAUGGAAACUUGUGCCACUGCUGCAGAACUGUUUCAUCUAAACUUUUCAUUUAUUAUGCAGGACAGCCUGCUCACAAUGAUUUAUUUUCUGUUUUUUUUGUGUGUCCUAAUAACAGAAAAGGCCAUCAGGAAAAUUUUUAAACCUCCUGUCAACCCAGUGGUAUGUAUUGGAUCCAUUUAUACAUCAAGGUAUACACAACCCAUUAUUACUGACACAACUAAAGCGUUUUUUUUCCAUAGUGUCCUUCACCAGAGUCUUGAUGCACUGAUGUUUGACACAGGUUGAAGGUUUUUAAAAAGUGUCAUAAGUGAGUAAGACCAGAGUGCUUAGACUACGCAGGUUCACCUCCUUCCCUUCCAAAUAAAUAUUUUUGAGUUCAGGGUGCACAUUUGAAAAAGGCAAAAUGCUUUAGAGUCCAUCUUGUGUACUUUGUGAGCUUACGCUUUUCCGAGGGUUGUUUGCCUCAUUAAUUUUCCAUCCAGCGGCAGAAUGGAAACAGCGCCAGUGCAGCCAGGACCAGCUGAGCCAAGAGAUCAGUCUGUAGCUCACUAACUUUUGGAGUGGAACAGAGUAAGGGGACAAAUAAGGAGAUGAGAGGGAUGGCUAGAGGGGUGAAAAUGACGAUGUUAAAAUGAGUUUAGAGGAGAAAGGUGGCACUGAUUUACCGACAGUGCAGGGGUUAUGUUUUACAGGUUCCCAGCUCGACUCGUAAAAGAUCACAGCUGCUGAGAAUCUGCCACAACACUUGCUCUCACACACAGAGAGAUGUUGAAUACCAAGCUUCUCACCAGGGAUUUCAACAAUUAGACAUGGAGUGUUAUGAAACACAGAGGAAGCAGCAGAGAGAAGCAUGAGGCUGAGUUCAAACGCUAAUACCAACUUGUUGCUGUGAUAACAAUGACUAAUGACCAACGUGUCCCCUUGUUUUUUUUUCUAUGUUCCCCAGAAACCUCUAACACCGGGUCCACUCUCCUAUCCCUUUGCUCCUCGCCAUGGUAAGUCAUGAGAGACUUGUCACUAUUGAUCAACCUACUGAGCCCUUAUAAUACAGCAGAAUCACAGCACUGAAGUGUCUGUUUGAACUCUGCUCACUGACUCCUGCUCAGGACGUAAAGUAUUUUAACUAUGACUUUGAUUGAUUGAUUGAUUUUUUGCAGAUGCGACCCAAUCAUAACCAGUCUUGUUCUUUAAAAAUGCAGUUUUUUUCUCUGAUGGUUUAUUGCAGGUACAGAGUACAGUUCAACCAGUUUCAAACUUUAACCAUAUGUGGAUUUUUUAAGCAACAGCUGGUGUCAAACUAAAGAUUCACGUUGAAGUGAAAUUCUCUGUGCACGAAGCGCAUGCUCUGACUGCCAAGCCAAACUGUCAUUUCUUUGAACCAUCCACCGUCCAGUAUUUUCGUAGAGAUUUUGAUGAACUUCAAAUUCAUGUCAAUGUCAUGUGAACAGCUUGUUUCUGCGGCCCCCAGGGGGAAAAACAUACAGUCUGCUGUGUUUCUUCACAUUUUAACUUGAUUCAUAAACAUUUGUCCUUUACAUGACUCUUUUUUUUUGCAGUUCUAUUUGAAUGUCAUAUGUCUGACACUUUCACCUAAAUCUCUUCUUCCAUGUUCAGUUCCCCUUAACAGGACCCAGGGCAGAGUGCCCCUGUCCAGGAACAUUCCUCCAAAGACAACUCUUGGUAAUUCAUUUUCUGACCUAAAGCUGGGUUCAGAAGUCAGAAAACUCUUGAAUUAACAUCUGACCAUUCAACCUGACUUCUCCAUUACUGUCCAGGAAAUCUUACCUCCAUGUUGUUAUGUGCAUAUCGCAGAUUUUUGCACUUUCUACAGGACAUAGAGUUAAAAUUUGUGUCCUAGGUCUGCUAAUGCACACUGUAUUUCUCAGCUCCAACCACAACUACUAGACAGGAAACUCUGUCGACCCCUGGACCCACACUUCCUGUGGUCACCAAACAGCCAAUUGGUAAAGAAAGAAUCAUGGUUGUUAUAAAAUGCUUCAUGGCUCUCAUCGUGGCUGUGUGCAGUCAUAAUUUGGCCUACCUUAACUGAGAUGCUGUUACUGCUUUACAGUUUACUUUGUAAUGAGCUGCAUGAGCAAGAGCAGCAUGCUCUGAAUCAGUACAGUAUUUAGAUCCUUCCCAUGGGAACCCUUGGUGUCAACUCAAUGGGCUGUAAUGACAGCAAGGUAGGUGGCCUUGGCUGCAUGGCAUUUUAGCAAAAUGACAAACUCAGAGGGGUUCUUAGAUUCUGCUAAAUACUCAGUAAAAAUUACGCGAUGACUUUCAGAUUGGUCACAUCUCAAAUGUGGACAGUCUUUGUCUGGCUGUGUCAUUUGUGAAUCAUUAACACAUUUAUUCAUAACACUGUGACUGUAAAUACAUUGUAAAUUUCAAUGCUCUGUUUACAGUUUGAUGUAUCAUCUCCAUUUAAGCUGAUUGCAAAUCUGAGGCUUUUGCUUUGUUUGCAGUGCAGGCAAAAGUGUAAAAUCUGCAUGACAAAACUGCAUGAACCAGACAUUCAUUUCUCUCUAGCAGGAAUAGGCAAAAUUUUUGUUUACUACAUUUCUCAUUGUUGUGUUAACUUCUUCCUUUGUUUCCUUUUAUAAAUCACAUAAAAUUAUUUUUUUUUGCAGGUAGCGUCAGUUCUUUAAAAGAAGCUAAACUUCUGUUUUUCUCUCUCUUCCUCAAUCACUUUGAUUUUCUUUCUCCCUCUUUCUUUUUCAUGGAGGAGAACUUCUAAUUAUAUUGAAGAAUCAAUCUUGUAUGGUACAUCAAAAUGCCAUAGUACACAAUCAAUCAGUAACUAUUAAAGUCCCACAUGUUUUAGCUUCUCAGAGGCACAGCCAAUGGAUUUCAAUGGCCCUUACUCGCAGACAUUCAAGACCUGGUAGCUGUGUCUGUGUGCAGUGACACGGCUGUUACAUUGCAAAUACCUCCAUAUGGUCUGUCUGCCUUUGAAAUCGGAGAUAAACGGCAGGUAGAAGCUAUUAUGUAACAUUGCUUUAGUCCAAGAUUAGCUUUGUGAGAUCUUUGGCCAAAUGCUGUUGGCUUUUUUAUGAUCUUGAUUUCAGCUGUUUCCUGGCUGCCUUUAUGUCUUACUUUUAUUCUUUUCUAGAGGAAAAAAAAUGUUUUACUCCAUUUGAAAGAGAUCCUUUCCUCUUGAAAACGUAGCCUGAAAUCAUAUUUUACAGCAUUUUGGCUUCAAUGCCAUGUUUUCUCUCUCUCUUACGUAACCCAACAGGAGAAGACCACUCCAGACCUAUCUUGCCUCCUUCCCUGGAGAUCCCGUUAGCUCCCAUACUUUCUCCACUACAUAUUUCAGCCACCAUGGCACCCAAACCUGUCCCUGAGAAAACUGUGAUCAAACAUGGAUAUCCUUUGAGUAAUCCAAAAGUAACGUCCCAGUCCCAGUAUAGUCCAGAACCUCAACCAAACCCACAGUCGCGGCCAGAGUAUUCUCAUCCACCCCAAUCAAAACCCAGAACACCAAAACCUCAAAUUAAGAACUGGUCCAAGUCUCAACCCUCACCCCAGUCAAUAUCUCAGCAUACGGCCAAGGCUCGACUGCAGACAACAUCCCAGCCCAUACCCCAUACCCAUCUACAAAUGCAACCCAAACCAGAAUCUCAGUCAAGACCUCAAACCAAACCACAUUCUCAACCAAAAUUUCAGAGGACUUCUGACACCGAAUCUCAACCACAAACCAGACCAACAUUAAAGCCCAUAUUAGAGCAAAAACCUAAACCACAACCAACAUCCCAACACACACCUAAGACUCAGCCACAGCCCCUUUUAGAAUUGAAGCCCAAACUCAAUAUCAGACCACAACCCAGACCAGAAUCAAAGCCCAUACCCCAGAUCAAACCACAACCUAAACCAGAAUCAAAGCCUGUACCCCACACUAUACCACAAACAAAACCAGAAUCAAAACCCGUACCUCAGAUCAAACCACAGCCCAAACCAGAAUCAAAGCCUAUACCCCAGAUCAUUCCACGACCAAAACCAGAAUCCAAGCCGAUACCCCAGAACAACCCAAUACCCAGUGCAACAUCCCAGCCCAAACCUGGAAUUAAACCACGACCUCAACCAGAUUCCAAGUCUGUUACCCAAACCAAACCAUCCCUACAACCAGAAUCCCAGCCAAUACCCUGGACCAAACCACAACCCCAACCAGAAUCCAAGCCCAUACCCCAGACCAAACCAAAACCCAAAACUGGAUCUAAGCCAACACCCCAGACCAAACCAAAACCUAAACCUGGAUCCAAGCCAAUACCCCAGAACAAACCACAACCUCAACCUACAUCUCAACCCAUUCUACUGACCCAGCCAUACCCACAACCCAAACCAGCAACCAUACCCAUACAAAAUUUGGAACCAAAACCUCAGCCGACACCCCAAUCUACAUCACAGAUUUUAUCACAAACACAAUCGCAAGGACCAAUUCUUGAACCAGAACCACAUCCAGAACCAACUUAUCAAAUAACACGGAUCAAACCAAAACCUCAGCCAACAUCCCAAUUUAAUCUCCAUAUCUUUCCUACAACACAGGCUCAGACAAAACCACUUCCCCAAUCAAAGCCCCAAACCACAACUGAGCUCCCAGCUGUACCUAAACCUCAAGUGACACCCCAAAUAAAUCAUCAGGUCCAUCCUCGGAUACAACCACAUUUUAAGACCCAGACACAAUCUACAGUCCGAGCAUCAAUCCAGCCCAUUGUUAAGGCAUAUCCACAAACACCUCAACCAGCACUUGAACGUAUGACCAAAACCCAAAAUGCUGUAGUAAAGGACAACAUUAAACUCCAGGCUCAACCACAAUCAGAAUCCACAACUGAGACACAAGCCCAAACACGACUUCAACAAAAAAUAAACCAACAGCCUCAACCCACAACAAACCCUGAGACUCGACUUACAACCAAGCAGAAGUCACAGACCUUGCCAACUCCAAAGCCAAAGACCAAUAAUUUACACCCCAAGCCCAAAAAACAACUUCAAACCAAAGGUCAACCCAAGUCCAAGACAGAGACACAACCAAAGUCCCAACCCAAGCCUCAACCAAGACCCCAGCCAAAACCUUCAACACGGACACAACCAAAGCCCCAACCAAGGGCCCAACAGCCAAAUGCUAAGACUCAGCAGAAGCCACAAUCACAACAUCCAAUUAAGACCCAAACAGAUCCUGUACCUCAUUCUCAACCUAUACUCUUAACACAACCUCCAAAAGACCAGUCUAAGUCCCAAGUUGAGCCUCUACCAGAGCCACACCCUGCCUCUAGGCCCCAACAACAAUCUCAACCUGGGCUUCAUUCUGAGUCUCAGUCCAGGAGCUACUCUGGUACCACCGAGGUCACCCCAAGGAAAACUGUCACAACGGGUAAAGACUCUGCCUUGUGCCAUCAGCAAUCAACCGAUCAAGUAUUACGACCUUGUCUAAAGUUACAUUUUAAAAGGGGCAUUUGUUAAUGUAUUGCUUGUAAUUUAUUUGGAAUUUUAAAGAAAACUACUAAAAGAUAAAUUUUUUAAGUUAGAGUCCAGUAUUUUCUGACAAAAUAGUAAUAAUAUGGAUAUUCUUAUUUCGACAAAUACCCUUACUGCCCACAAGGAUUAAGCCCUGCAACAUAUUCCUUGUGUUUUGGCACAGAAGGGUAGAAUAUGCCCCCUUUAAAGUCCAUAAUGUAAUCAUACACAUACAGUAAUGGUUGAUAACAGUAAUAAAUAGAUAAAUAGUGAGUUCUCUUUCAAACAGCUCCUAGUCCACCGGAAGAGGGCAAGCCUCUACCAAGACCUGCCCUGGAUACAGAGAAUGCUGAUAGUUACAUUCAGGGUAAACACCAUGCCAAGUUUGUCCCAUCACCAUCUCUGCUUCUGUUGCGUCACAUGAAACCCAGUGUUUUCAGUUGUCCCUCAAACUAUUGGAUGAUGUCACUGCUUCCCCAUCACCAUCUCCAUCUUACUACCCCACACAACCCACCCCACCAUUAUCCCUCCUCCCAAGUGUGCCUCCAUUUUCAGCCCAGCACACUCACAUCACCUCUGCCUACUCACAAGCAGAGCAGACUUGCUGGCUUUCCAAUCUCAUCUAUACUUCUGUCAUCUCAUUCAUUGCCCAAUCUUUUUUCAUUCUUACUUUCUUGUGUGCUUUGUCAUUUACUCCAUUUAGGUCAAGCUGUCAUUCCAAGAAAGUGAUCAACCCUAAACUCCUCAAUCGCCUCUCUUUUGAUCUAGGUGCUGGUGCCAUCAAAACCUCAGUUGCUGAAGUUCCUAAAUCUCCUAUUAGCUCAUCAGCUUCUCAAGCAGGAAGAAACAGCACUCUGCCUCGCAACCGGGGUCCUCCAAAUCCCAAUCACAAAACUGUCCGACCACUUUCUCCGUCCAAGACAUUCACCUCCCCUCAAAGCUCCAGCUCACCUGGUGGUAAUGGAUUACUCUGAAUACCUGUCUUUUUAUCUCUCUUUUCCUAACCUUAAAUAAUCCUCUUUUGCGUCCUGCUGCAGUUGUGCACACUCUGAAGACAAACAUAUCUUUUGAUCUAAUACACGAUCAUUGUUUGAACACAUAAAGUAGAUGUUUGUACACUUGUUUUCUUCUCCCAGUUUUUCUUAAUCUUUCUGCUUCACUGCCUCUUAUCAUCCAUGUGUUCUCCAUGCUCUGCCACAUGUGCUCGGUGUAUAUUUCACAGCUUUACCACAAGCAGCAGCGGUGUCUCAGGGGUUGGGAUCGUUAACAUGAUUUACAGGCCGACUUGCUGGCCGGAUGGGAAGUCUGGCCACAGCACUGGCCAGAACACACCACAUUUUACACCAUCUAUGCCAAGCCAAGCACUGUGCAGACAGAGCAGCCGCCACAGCCAGCCUCUCUCCUUCUUUCUCCCUGUAUCUCCAUCUCUCACGGCGCAUAUUCCCCAAAGAGUUUCAGAAGUGCAGAGCACUGAAACGUCAAACAAUAUAAUUUGUGUUUUGAAGUCAUGUGAAUUCCAUUUGUAUGUCCAGAACAUCUGUUAAACCAAGCUGAAAACACAAUCACAACGCCAGCUUUAUUGUUAGAGACUAUAAACAAGGGGACAAAAGUGAGAAAGAAAGACAAGGCAGUUUUCUUCCUGACUUUCUUCAAGAUUGUUGGUCAGAUGACACUGAACAUUUUUAACAGACCUCUUUCUUCCUCCAGCACUCGGUGGAGUACAACAUAGGGGAAAUGCUCUUCCUAAACCUGCGGUGUGGCCAGGAGAGAAACCCGGUAAUGACAAACCAAGACAAUUGCCUUUCAGUGUUCCUCACUCACUAACCAAAGAGGCGCAGUUUUGUCCUGUUCCACAUGGCCAUGCUCAUCUCUCCAUCUGCCGCAGUCCUGUCAUGCUUUGUGAUUUUUUAACUUGUUUGUCAGUGUGAUGUUUUUGUCUGGUUGUAGUUUGUGUUGUCAAAUGCAUCCCAGCAACUUGUACUUGACUGAGACUGAAGCCAUAUAUAAUUGUAAAUUUGGCCAAUACCUAUCUUUUCCAUGUUGUUUAGUCUACAGCACAUAUGGAGCUGUAAUCAUGAGCUGGUUUAAAUUAGUCUGAGAGCAACUUUAGCCUGCAUGUUGUAAAAGGUGAAUGUGUCCUACCCGAUUUUUUGGUGAGUCACUUUUUCCCAUACUGUCAAGCAGACUCAGUAAAUUGAAUGAUUAAACCCAUCUCAAAUAGUGAGCAUAAACCACGGCUCAACCACAUGGAUUAAUAGUGACACUUUGCUCACUCUUUGUUGUUUGGAUUUGUGAAGAGGGGUUUGUGCUUCAGUCUCAUGUCACAGCUGGUGUGUGUUAUUUCUGGAAACUUGGACAGUUUCAGAGGUCUUCAAGGAGUCACAAGGCUCCCUGGAAGCAACUCUAAGGCAAAGAAUAGACAUUUUGAAGACACACACACACACACACACACACACACACACACACACACACACACACACACACACACACACACACACACACACACACACACACACACACACACACACACACACACAAGCAUGAAGUUGCUAACUAUUACCAUUGUUCCAUUGAGUUAACCAUCUCUCAGGCCUUUAAAGCUGAACUGGCCAUUCAAAAGUCUCGAUGCAUCUCCAGUCAAACUGGUUUGCUUUGGCUUUCCAUCCUCAAUGUUGCUGUGCCAGGAAAUACCAGGAGUGUAAAAUGAAUUGCAUGAACUCGCAUUGGUAUAAUGAACUCAUGGCUGAUAGUACAACAGGAUGAGCAAAAUAAUGUACAUUUUGGUUGAAGUAGCUACCGCUUUGGACAGAGAAACACAACUACACACACAACUAGGACUUUGCAAGGUAUUUGCGCAAAAUAGCUAUGAGUAGGACUUAAUGUUGAUUGGUAUGUAAAUGCUUCUUUUAAGGAUACAAGAUCUAGAAUUGUGCAUGUUUAUGUCAUUUGGACAUAUACUAGGACAGUGGGGCUGUGACAGCUGGUACAUCUUGGCACCUUUCUGUUAGCACAUUCAUAAAUAAGUGCUUAUAAAGUGUUAUUUUUGUUACGCUACACUCAAUAAUUUCAUGUAACGUCAAAUUUAACCAUCUCUUAUUCUGAAAUCUGUGAAAAGUUGUCCCCUACUAAGCCUCCAAGAGCUAAUAAUGGCACGAUGUGCAGGAUCCCUAUUCUAUACUUUCCUCAUAGAAGUGCUUUCAAAGGCGAUGUCUAGCCAUGAAAUCUGAGCAUGUGUUACAAAUCAAACAACCUCAGUGAGGUGAGCCAUUGUUUUGUGAUUCAGUGGGAAUAUUUUCCCCUAACUGAAAGUAAAUCUUUCUCUUUUGAUUGCAUCUAAUUCACAUUUUCAUCGCCAAGAGAAAGUUCUUCAAUAGAAACCAGCGCUCACGUCCCUGCUGCUGUUUUACAUCACACGUGUGAGUCUGGAGUCUUUCGCACUUCUGAGACUUGACCUGCUGUUUGAAGGGUUUAUAGAGCCACAGUAAACCAAAAACACCCGCUGUAGAAACUGCAGAACUUCAAACCAGAUUUUAUCUUAUACAUCAUAGAGACAUAGUUGACAUGUAUAUUGUUGACACCAGAUAUUAUCACAUAACAACACAAUGGCUGCCAGUUUAAGCAUGAGGUAACUCUUUCGAGCUGUCAGUUCACAUACACCAGUCAUUGGUGUUUGUAUAUGUUGAGGCAGACAUUUAAAGGACUGCAUCAUAUUGUUUGAGUUAAUAUUAGAGCAUAUGUUUGCUUUUAGCUGUCACUUCGACCAUGUGUGAGUCAGAGGUAUUUCUUGAAGGUAUUCUUGGUGUUAAUCAGUAACUGUUUGGCAGAUUGUUUCAGUUUGUCUUGAAGUCCUGAACUCCUCUCUCUUGGGAGUAGGUGCCAAGGAUUACUGAUUUAUGCUGACCAGUGGGAGGUCAGCUUCAGGGAGGUAACCUAUCCAAGAGAAAUGUUUCUGGUGUGUUUUGGCCCAAACAAAUGAACAAUUACCGAAUUUUGUCAACAAAACGGUGAGAAAUAACAAAUGGUGCAGGGAGUGGAUGCUCUAGAAGUGAUUCGGUGCAGUUAAAUGGAUUAUCUCAAAACAAGUCAGAUGUGAAAUGUGUAACGGAAACUCGGUGAAUAAACCUCCUCUAAGAUAUCACAACAAUGAUUUAGGAUGGUUAUUCUCCUUAACAAUAUUAAGCAAACCCUUCAAGUUAGAAAUCAGAGUUUCACAGCUUGUCCUGUUUCCAUGGUGUUCUUGUUAUUACUAAUCCAGUUCAGUAAAUCCAAUGAACUCCUCUCUGGAGUUAAACUGAUACGAUUUCCCUCUGAUGAUUUGGCUUGUUUUUUUAUUUUUCUCUGUAAUGCAGGAAUUUGUGCAACAGCUGGUGGUUAAACUUCAUUGGAUUCAGAUUUAUUUUCACAUGAGGAGGGUUAGAAUCUGAUUAAAUAGGACUGGAUCUGCUAUCGUACUUUUCUCUUAAAGAUUCAAAAAGGAUUUCUAAAUCGCACAGUUGUUGCUAGGAUGAGCGAUUAAACACCUCUUCAUGGUUUCUUGGGAAUAAAACACCGACAUGGUUUUCAUUAGUCAUAGUGGUGCUCUGUGGCAGCACUUAAACAAUUCACAUGCAAUCUGCUUGGCUUUUAUGUGCUUCAUUGUUGUUUGUAUCAAGCUUGUGUUGGUAUUUUUCUUCUUUUUUUCAGCUCACAGUAUAAAUGCAGCCCUCUCCCUGCUUCAUGUCUCCCAGUCUCUGAAUCUACAAACUUGACAUUCCCUCAUCAUUAUUGCAUUAUUAAAUAACCAGUAACAUUUGUUUUCAGUUUUCUAUCCCAUCUUCACUCCUGACCACCUGCUCUGUUCCAAGCUGCUAAACUGAGUCUCACUCUUGUUUCCCACGUUUUGUUUUCUUUGCAGUGCUGCGUCCUUCUGUUCCCGUCAACAAGAGACCCAACCUGGUGGCGAAACCUAGUGACCACGGUGAGAAACAGUGAACAGCGAUGGCUGCACUGAGCACUGCUGCACCUUACCCUGUAUACUCUUAUAAUGCAUAAAGGGGCAAGACCGGGGUUUUAAAUGUUUCCCUCAUCCUCUCUGGAACAAAAUGCAUUUCACAGGAACUGAACAACUUCUGCUGAAAAUCCCAACUGGGUGUGUUGCCUAAAGUUAGAUAAGAAGACUGGUACAACACUAGUCUGUCCAAAGGUAACAGGAGCUGCCAAGCAAAAGCAAAGAGUUGAGAACAUCACUGCCAAGCCAAUUAAAAGUCUUUGGCGACAUUCCUGAAGAACUUAAACCUGUUGCCCUUUCACUUUUUUCUUGAACUGAUGAAACAAACCAGAAGUAAUCUGAUAUUGCUGUGGUGCAGAGUCAUGCUUUUUUCAGUCUUUGGCUUAGCUCAGCUUAACUAAAAGGGCACUGGCUGGAGCUACACACUUUCUGUUCUCUUUACUCAACAGGUGUCAAAAGUCUUUCAUUUUUAUACCCAUGUCAUGCAGAGCACACCAGAGUCUAUCUGCAACUAGAACCACGAAAACACAUUUUUACACUGCUUCUAACUGGGCGCAAAAUCCUUUACUUUCAUUAUAUAUCGAUAGGGUUGCAAAAUUCUGGAAACUUUCAAAGUUGGAAACUUUCCUUGGGAAUUAAUGGGAAUUAAUGGGAAUCAACAGGAAUAAAUCUGAAAUUUUAGAACUUUUAAAAUUUUUAAAAAUUCCCAGGCUUAACUUCCCAUGGAAAAUUUCCGGGAUAUUUUCUGCCCCUUUGCAACCCUAUAUAUCGAUGACAAUGUGUAUCAGCGUGCAGGCUGAGCAAUAUGUCUGAUUUAGUAUCUAAUCAUACUGGUUCUCCCUCUAGACUGUGGCCCUGCAGUGUUAAACCAGCCCAUACCUGGCUGUGACGCAUUGGUAUUUGAUGCUUUUGGAUAGGACUGUUUUCACACAGUUACAGCCAGUGUGUCCCCAAAACACAGGUGACAAUGGGGUUGUUUGUGAUGUUAAUGCUGUUAUUACUUUUCCUCCUGGUAGAAAGUCUGUCUAACCUGGACUUCACAGCUGUUGUGUUGCCUGACUGAAGCUUGCUCGUCCGAGGCCUUACUUCCUUGCUAGCGUGCUAGCACUCUUGUGUAUUUAUUAAUCCCACAUGAGGCUUAUUUAAAUUUGGUUCUGCUCAACAUAUUUUCACAUCAUCAAGCAAAUCAAGCUGUAUUGUGUUUAUGCCCUCAAUUACAGUUUGAGAAUUUCUGUCUUGGUUUAUCUUUCGCCAAUAACAAGAACUUAUAACCUGAAAAUUGCUUUUAACAAAACAAAUGAAACUUGAAAACAAAACAGUAUUUAUCUCAUUAUUACAGCUCCACCCGAGUCUUGUUGCAAAUACUCUCUUCCUCUGGACAUUUCAAGUUUCUGUUCACUCUGUCAUCAGUUUUUCUUGCUGUCUCUUUUUUGUUGCAGUGCACAAAGCCAGUAUUUGUGUAUGUGCUCAUGCAUGAUUCUGAGCAUCUGGGCAUACUUGGUCCCAGAAUAAGUAUUUUGGCAGACUUUUUCCCCUUUUAAAGAGCAAAAGAGAUUACUCAAGAAGCAAAUCCUGAUCCUUGGGCUGCAAGGAAAAGGCCACUGAGUUGCUCAGUGAGGAUGGCCAGAGCAGAUGGAUCACAACUGUGUGUGACUGUGAGUCAGAUGAUGAGGGUGAAGAGCUGAUCCUCCUCCUCCUCUGCUCUGUCCUUAGAUAAACCCAUGGAUCUGAAACAAGGAGAAAAUGACUCCAUAUUGAAGCCAUUCCCCGUGGUCACAGCCAAACCGAAGCAAGAGCGCAGACAACAGACAACCACCUCCGCCCCAUCAGUAAACAGUAGGAGAAAUUAAUAUUUUGAUGUGUCAUAUGAACUGUUUUCACACCUGCAGCGAAACAAGUGUCUCACAUAACGUUGAAAAUACCUAAUAAAAAGUUUUUUGAACUCAGUCAAUGCACACACAUGGCAAUAAUCAGUAUAUAUUGCUGAUGCUGCCUGCAGGUGUGUCUUAUAGAGAAAUGAAAAAAGUAUAACAUAUGAGGAGGCAGAAAAAGAGUCUAAAUUCGGGCCAGAGCAGGUGCUGGCUGGUGUUUGACCUGGGCCAGAGCUGUAAAAAUGAGGACAGAGAGAGCUGCCAGAGACUGUUGGCACAUAAACCUCAACCCAACUACUUACUUCUGCUUCCUUUUCAGGCAGCCGCUUUGACGUAAAUGAAAACUCUUCUAUAUUCAGGCCUCUGCCUGCCUCUGAAGUAGACAUCAUGGGCAAAAAACGUUAUGUAGGUAAGAUUCACCAGCAAUUUUACCUUUUCACUACAGGUUCACUCUCAACCCUUCCUGCAAAUUCAGCAUUUAAAUUAACAAACAAUUGAAGCGAGUACAUCAAUGAUGAGUAACUGCUGUCUCUGUGUCUCUAGCUCCUCAUGUGAUCUACAAGACAGAUAAGAAGCCAGAUGAACCUUGUUCCAUCACAUCCUCCCUCGCUUAUUUCCCCGAUGAGGAGGGGGCUGAUCAGAAUGUGACCGGUCCUCCCCGUGUACCACCCUCUAACCUCACUGUGGUCACAGUGGAGGGCUGCCCGUCUUUUGUCAUCCUUGAUUGGCAGAAAUCUGACAACGAAACCAGAGGUAGGGUUGGCGUGUACUUGGAGUCCUGUUUUGUGGGCUUGUCACUCUUGAUUCAGUGGAGUCCACCUUCUUGUCAGGGGGCUUGACCUUUCUGUAACCACCAAAGUUGGCCCUCAUGAUAUGCUAGGGCUGGAUGAUUAAUUGAAUUUCAAUUACGGUUACAGUCAUGAUGAUUUGAUUAUCGAGACUGAACGAUAACUAUGCUGCCUGUUGUGUCUCACUUGUUUUGUCACAUUAUGUCCCAAACUCAGUUCGAAUUUCAACAAAGUUUGGGAGCAUAAGAAAGUUGCAGAAGCAGCAAAAGAGAAGGUGUUGUGAUCAAUGAGUGUGUGUGAGUGCCAGACUAACCAGUGACAUCAAUCCCUAUCAUAAUAAAAUACAAGCCUGUGUUUUGGCAUUGAGGCUGGAAGACCAGAGUGAUUUGUUAGCUCUAAAGUCUGUGGUAAAAUGUGAGUGGUGAAAAAAAUGCAAAUUUUCUAGUUUUUAAUAACAGUGUAAAAUCCACUCUACUACAAGUGAACGUCUGGCAUUUAAUGUAGCAAGUAUUAUCGUCAAAAUUAAGUCAAAGCUCUCAAAGUGAACUGCAGAGCUGAUCCAUGAUGAUCCUGUUCAGUACUAUAACACUGGAUUUAAAAAAGUCAUAUAACCAGAUGGUGUGUAUUCAUCAUGUAAACAUAAUAUAGGUCUAACACAAGACAAAAAACACUCAAUUAUUGGGGUUGAAAAAUAAUACAUCUUAUCUUAAAUGGAUCUUAUUUCACUGAUGCAGACUUUUAAUACGUCUAGAUUUCUGUCUAAGAUUCCUUCUGAACAUAGAUGCUCAUUCACUGCACUUCAGCAUAUGUGAGUAUAUGAGUAUGAAAAAUAAUAACUAGUUAAUCCCACAUCCUGUACUCACUUGUUAUAGAAUUAAAGUAGCAUGGUGCUCAUUUUGUAAUGAUAGUCCCAUUCAGCCUAGUGAUUAAGUUGGGUAUGCUUGAACAAGUUGCCACCUGGUGUUUGAAAAUGUAUCACCAUGACAACCUGUCAGUAAGGACAGAGGUGUUACAAUGCACAGCUUCUCAUCCAAAUUUGUCAAUUUUGGUUUAAUGGAGCCCAGAUAAUAACAGGAAAGGCUCAAAGAGGUGACAUCAGUGAAUGCCAUUGUAGUUUUAAAAAGGAAAAUAAGCACACUAACAUUUCUGCUCCUUUCCUAGAGUAUGAAGUUGUAUCCACCACUAAAGGACCAAAUGGAGAGGAGGUGUCUGUAUUGACCACCAACCAGACGCACACAGCUGUGGAGAAUCUCAAGCCAGAGAGCAGGUAUGUGUCAGUGAAAAAUGAGACACACUUCAUAAACAUUUUCUCCAGUGGCUGUCCAAAUUGUCAGAUACUCUUACUGUGUGUAGUUUGGAAAUAACCACCAGAUUAAAUGUCCAAGAUUGUCCAGAUUGAAAAAAAAAAUUGCUCAAAGGUCCAUGUGGAGUGUCUGACUUCUUGCAGGGCUAUUAUUUCUCUGAGUUAGUCCAAGGCAGAAACCUGAGGGCCUGAAAAAUGAAGCCAAGGUGGAUGCCAAAAACCUGCAGUUCCUUAAAUGGCCAAUCAGGAUUGAUCCAAAAGUCAGGAAAUCUGUAUUAAAAUCGAAAACAACCCAGCAGAAUAAACAUGGGAGCAGCUCAGACAAAAAAAAAAAAAAAAAGAAAUUGCCUUAACCUCUCAAAUUUCACCAAGGCUUGAAACUAUGCAUUGGUAAGGGCAUGGUUGUUUUGACAGGAAGAAUUCAAUUAGGAAUCUCCUGCACAAACUUGACCUUUUGAGAAUCCACCUACUUGUUCAAAUAUGGUCACUUCUGGCAUUAAAGGUCCAAGUUACCAAAAGUGACGCUUCUAAGUGUAGUCCAGUCUCUGUUAUCUUUGUCUCAUAAGGGCCUUUGUCCAUAAAUACCAUUUCCAGGUAAUCUGCACACUAAAAAGUCUGAAUUAAGACUUCUUAAGAGCUUGUCAAGACCCAAACAAAGAAAUUUCAACAAUUUUUCAUACUGCAAAAUUACAAUUUCAACUGAUGUGGCCGAUUAAAACUACUACCAAUACCAAACUUUAACAUUACUAUGUAUAUAUCGUGUCAGGUCUUUUGAUAUUAUCUUUCCCAACAACAACAGUGACAGCACAUAUGUAAAAGAAACAAGUUACUCUUAUUUCUCUCAGGCUAAUUGUAUGAAGAAAUGUCUAUGAACUGUUUUGAAUUUUUCCUUUGAAUGGUUCCUUUUGAUAAAUACUGCUAAGGAAAGCUUAAGCACCAUGCAACAACUUUUGGACACCAAGCCACUGUAAGCGCCAGUAACAAGUACUUUAAAGUCCAGGUUUUGGGCACUCCCGACCCAAAACAUGAGGUCAUGGAUCACAUCACUUUAGCUGAAGAUAUUGAUGAGGAAACAAGAGUUACUUCCAUACUUGGCCCUGCACUUGUUUUGUUUGCAUUCAUAAUGUGUAUUUAAGGAUUUGCACAUAGCAUUUUGAUGAGUGACACGGUAUUUAUGCAUUACUAUGAGGCAUCUCCAGAACAAUGCUGUCUGCUUGAAUGACCGUCUGAUUACAUUAGCGAGCUUCACUGUAAAUCUCAUGGGGCUAUUAAAUGGCACUGCAACCUCCUCUGUCAGCCAACGGAGUGACUCAUGUUUGGUUUGCAUAUAUACAAAAUGGAUAAAGUGACACAAAAGCUGAUGAAAUCUGGGUGGAGUGGGUCACAGAGUUUUUAAUUAGAUCCAAGCAUCUGGAGUCUCAGAACUCACCAGAACCCUCCUCUGGGCUUGGUUUUCUGGCCUGACUAUUAGCCAAACUCUUGCCAGGACAUCUGAACGCAGCACGUGGAAUAACCAUCAGCUUUGUGUUUGUGUGUGAGUGUGUGUGACCAACUCUUUGCUGUCAAAAGCAUAAAAAUAUAAUGUGUCCCAGUUCUGGGGUUUGAGCAAUUUAGAUUGAAAACUUCUUAAACUUUGAAAUCAUCCUUUUUUUUUUUCUAUUACAGUUAUGAAUUCAAAGUGACGCCAAGGAAUGAGAUGGGAACAGGACCCUCCAGUGAUCCUGUGUCUUUUAACACUGAAUCAGGCAAGUUUCACAAAGAAGGAUUCCUCAUAAAACCACAUAAACACCAAUUAGCUGUAUUUUGAUGCCACUGUGAAUAAUUCUAAUAAUCAGGCAGAGUGGGCUGCUUUUAAACACUGAAGGUGGCCUGUUAGGCAGUUGUUCAUCUAAUGAUUUCAACAUGGCAUUGAGGUUGAACUGAUUAAGACUCUGAGGACUUUUUAUCUCCCCAGAUGUCCUCUGUGGAUUAUUCCUCACAUAUCAUCUACUUUCUGAUCAGAACGCUCCAAGCUAAUGCUGAAUCGCUCAUAAAGGAGAUAAAGUAAAGCCCUGGGUCGAUCAAAUGUUGUUUCAUUAAAUUCACAAUGACAACACUUAGAGAAAAGUGCUUUGCUUAUUUGGCCUCUUGCCCUGGUGCAAUCAAAGCGCAGCCUGUUUGAGGCUAAACACUGUAAAAACUUUGCCAAAUGGGCUCCGGUGCAGGUUGUCUGGCUUGGUCUUGCACAGUAAUUCAAGAUGUCUCGUGACUUUGUAUUAAUUUUGCGAUGUUUUGAUGAUGUUAUUUAUUACAAGUUUCUCUUGUGUUUGCAGCCGAUCCACGAGUGAGCGAAAACGUUUCAGGUGAAUAUUGUUUGUCCCUCUCUUCAACAGUAUGUUCUGACUUAAGCUCACUUUUUAAAAUAACUGGACUUGGAUUUUUGUUUACAAAUAUCAAUUUGUUUAUGAGUUCUUUGCUUCCAAUGGUUUUCUCCCAGGCAAAGAUGCCAUCUGGACCCAGUUCCCAUUUAAAGCCGAUUCCUACUCUGAAUGCAAUGGAAAGAUGUUCGUGAAGAGAACUUGGUACCGAAAAUUUGUUGGCAUCCAGCUCUGCAACUCCUUGAGAUACAAGAUCUACCUGAGUGACUCUCUCAAUGGUAAAUACAGACUGAAACAAGAAUCAGCUGGUAGGACACUAAAGACAAAGUACUGUGAAGGCCAAAGUCCUAAUGAUAUGGUAUGCAAACCCGCAAGGACAACCAGUAUGUCAAAAUCAUCAGUACUGCUGUAAUCACAACCAUCUGGAUCGUGUCAAAAUACAGGGGAUUAUUCCUGAGCCCGUGCAACAAUUCCCCAACAAGUUUAAUAAAAACGGGUUCAGUAGUUUUUCCAAAACCCUGCUGGAAAAUAGAUAAAGAAAGCCCAGAACACAGUUAUUUUAUAGGGUGUUAAAACACUAUGUACAUACAUGUAAGGAUAUUUGUACAUGUUUGAACUUCUCAAAGUCAAAUAAACGCGUGUAGAUAAUGCGGUUGAUUACCCAAAUGGUCCAAAAAUAGGCCUAGGCUUUCCUUGCACACCUCAAAGUCUUCAACCUGUCUUUAAACCAAACAUUAAAAUACAAAUACAAAUAAAAACAUGCAUUCACAGGGCUUUAGCGCCUCUUCAGAAAAGAACUAUACCAUUGUUAACAACUUGCUUUUGCUUCCUCUAUCCUCUCUGUAGGAAAAUUCUAUAAUAUAGGAGAUCAGACAGGACACGGUGAGGACCAUUGUCAAUUUGUGGACUCUUUUCUGGAUGGACGGACAGGCACCCAGAUGCUAGCUGACCAGCUACCAAGCAGACUAGGUAUCUUUACACUCCAUAAUACAUCAUUAGCAUGUUAAAUCAAGUAGCAUCUAACCCCUACUCUGUCUUUUUCCCAGGGUAUUAUCGAGCCUUGAGACAGGAGCCUGUGCACUUUGGAGAGAUUGGAGGGAAGUCACAUGUUACUUAUGUUGGGUGGUAUGAGUGUGGUACACCCAUACCUGGGAAAUGGUAA